GGGAGCCGUACCGGUCGGAGGAGUCCUGCAGCUCCGCGGUAGCCUGACGCGCAGACUUCCGCACCUCCGGGAUUAGCUGAAGAUAUAUUAUUCAGCAAGGUGACUGUCAAGCAUGACGGAAUCUCAAGAGGACGGGGGCCCCUUCUCAUCCCGGGUCAUCAGAAUCGUUUUUAUCAGCCUCCUGCUGGACCUGUUGGGCUUUACCUUGAUUCUGCCUCUCCUGCCUUCCAUUCUGGACCACUAUGGACAAACAGAGGACACUGUGUAUCAGUCCCUGCAGAGCAUCGUGGACUGGUUCAGAGAGGCCGUUGGCAUUCCUAUGGAGAGAAAGUACAACAGUGUCCUGUUUGGAGGCCUGAUUGGAUCGGUCUUCUCUCUGCUUCAGUUCCUGUCGUCCCCUCUAACUGGGGCUGCGUCAGACCGCUAUGGCCGACGACCGCUGCUCAUUCUGACCACAUUAGGGCUGAUGUCCUCCUAUGCUAUCUGGGCAGUUUCCCGGAGCUUCAGCAUGUUCCUGUUGUUCCGAGUGAUUGGGGGCAUCUGUAAGGGCAACGUCAGCCUCUGCACUGCUGUUGUAGCUGACUUACCCUGCCCGAAGGCGCGGAAUCGUGGAAUGGCCAUGAUUGGUGUUGCCUUCUCCUUGGGGUUUACUGUGGGUCCUCUGAUGGGGGCUUACUUUGCCGUCAAUUCCGGUAAAGGGGAGGAGUUUUACAAAGUGCCGGCUCUGAUGGCCCUGGGUUUCAGCGCCGCAGAUCUCUUCUUCAUCUGGUUCCUGCUCCCCGAGACUCUCACCAAGGACCACAAGGCUUCUUCGGGGCCCCGAGACUCGGGGGACCUGCUGAACCCAGUAGCUUUGUUCCAUUUCUCAGCCGUAACCAGGACAGAUGACUCACCCUCCAAAGAAAGGAAGCAAAAGCUCAGGGUCUUGGGUCUGGUCUAUUUCACCUACCUCUUCCUGUUUUCUGGCCUUGAGUUUACACUCUGCUUCUUGACUCAUCAGCGUUUCCAGUUUACAAGUAUGCAGCAGGGAAAGAUGUUCUUCUUUAUUGGUGUUACCAUGGCUUUGAUCCAAGGGGGUUAUGCUCGCAGGAUCAAACCUGGGCAGCAUAUAAAGAUUGUUGGAGUGGCAAUCACGGCACUGAUUCCAGCAUUUGUUCUCAUUGGACUAGCAUGGAAUCUGACAGUACUGUACAUCGGCCUUGCAUUGUACUCUUUCGCUGCAGCAGUUGUAGUUCCAUGUUUGUCAACACUUGUUUCUGAUCAUGGUUCAGCCAGUCAGAAAGGUACUGUCAUGGGAAUCUUGCGCAGUCUAGGAGCCUUGGCCAGAGCAUCAGGACCUAUUGUGUCGUCCUCAGUUUACUGGAUAGCUGGAGCAGAGGCUUGUUUCAUCCUCAGCUCAGCCGUCUUCAUCGUGCCCCUGGCUUUACUGAGCUCAGCGAGGCGGCUCAAGGAGGAGUGAGCGGUGCACGCAACUCAACAAAGACUUGAAAAGAGCUCGACUAUGACUUCCACGACUCCUGUGAGAGAAGACACUGACUGCAGGGAUGACUUAGUUUUUAUAUGGCUUUGUUAAAAGUAGUGAUGUUUACAACUGCUUGGAAGGCAAGCGCUUAAGUUUUACUUUGUCACUGACAAAUAAUGGAGAGAUGAGUGCCUCAUUCUGUGUGCCCUUCGCCACAAACGUGUGAAACUAAAUGAUGUGAGAAAAUAGUCAUAUGCCAAAGUGGUUGUGAAUGGUUGUGCUGGGGGGGGGGGGGUCUGUGGAAUUUGUAUUUUUAUCAGAGUAAAGAGUGAAUGUAAUGUCUUUUUUAUACACAUAUAGACCUACACAUGUUGAUUGUAGGACUGCACAUAUAUAAGUACAAAUGUGUAUUUUUAGGUUUUUUUUAAAAAGUUGAUCUCAAUCAUUCUUGUGAUUGUGAAAAUUGCUAUUGUUUCAUACUGCAGUAUUUUCUAAUCACUGAGAUUUGGUAUUUAAGUACAUACAUAGUAUUUUAACCCGCAUUAAAAGAUACUGAUGGACUCCUGUGAAAGUGCAGGUUUUCAAAAGAGACCUGGGAGGGAAUCCAAAAGAUUCAACGUCUAAUGCUGAGUGUUUUUUGUCUUAUUAAAUAGUUAUUUAUUAUGUUUGAAUGAACACAUUUUAAUUUGUCUUCUUAAUCUGGAUUUACAUGUAGCCAGAUAGUAUUGGGGAAAUCGUUACUGUUAGAAGGAAUGGUAACUUUAUAAUGAGUAGCUGUAAAUA